AUGAAGUUUAAGGAUAGUUAAUAUAAAUUACAGGAAUGUAGUAAUUGUAAAGACCAGUAUCCUAAAUGUGGGUUGGUUAAACAUAUGGAAACUUGUGGGAUUGAUAAUUAAAUUAUUAUUUGUAGAUAUUGUGGAGAAAAAUAACUAAAGAAACUAAUUUUAAACCAUCUUAAUGUUUGUUAAGCAUUUGCACUUGUAGAUUAAGAGGAUAGUCAAUGCGAAUUUUGCAAAGAUAAAAUAUUCAAAAAGUUCUAGUAAGAGCAUUUUCGCGAAUGUGUUGUUAAGAAGAUGAUAGACAAGUAAUAGGCCUACAAGCCUUAAGAAUGCUCCAUAUGCCUUAUGGAUAUUCAACUAAAUGAUCAGAAGGGACUCUUACAGUGUUGCCAUGUCUUUCAUAAGAAUUGUUUAUAAUAAUGGUAAAAAAGAAGUAAAGUUUGUCCGGUAUGCCGAUAUCAUUAAUGA